AAUUUGAAUAUUUUUUCUUUAUUCAUUUUUGCUUAGCCUAAUAGCCUUGAACUUGGAGUAACGGUGGACUCUUUUAUAACAUUCUGUUACAACUAGAAAGAUGGCUGUUCAAAUGAUAAUGAGUAUAAACCACCUAAAACAUACAACACACACUCUUAGAAACGUAGCUGUAUCAUUUUGCAGUAAAGCUGCCUAUGUUUCCUCACAUGCAAAUGAGACUACUGUUAAGAAGGAGCAAAAAACCUCAGCAUUGUAUGUGUCUGGGAACAAAGCUGCAACAACUUUUUCAGUUCUGUCACCUUAUCUAGAUUUUACAAAAUGUUUCCAAGACAUAGGCAGACUGGAAGCUAAUGUCAAGCUACGGGGAUUAGACACAGAUGUCAGAAAAUUAUCAAGGAUGUGGACAGAGUUGAAGGAAAAGGAAUUAGUGAAGGAAAAGCUAGAGAAGGAGAGAAAUUCAGUAGCAAAGCUGAUGAAAGAGUGUGCAAAGAUAAAAGAUAAAAAUGUAAAAGAAAUGCAAGAGUUUAAAAGGCAAGGCAAAGAGAUUCGGGAGCAGUUGAAGAGCACCACCCAAGAGAUUUGGGACCUGGAAGAAAAGGCUGUUAUUGGUGCUCUGCAGUUACCUAAUGUUCUGCACAAGUCAACACAUGAAUAUGAUAAGGAACUUUUUAAGCUUUUUGAGAAACCAAAAUAUGAAUUCCAAGCCAAAAGCCACAUACACCUGGGAAGUAUUAAUCAGGAGUUGGAAUUUGUUAAUGUCUCACCUACAGCUUAUUAUUUAAAAGGGAGAUUGGCAGUUCUUGAAUUAGCAUGUAAUGAUUACUUCUUGAAAAACUUUAAAGAUCAUGGAUAUUUAAUACAUUCAAAUCCAGAUUUUGCAAAGGCAGUUAUUGUAGAAGGCUGUGGGGUGAAUAUUGAUGAGAGGGUUUUUGCAUUGGGCUCUCAUGAAAGUGAUACAGACAGUAAUUUACAAUACCUUGUUGGAGGUGGAUCUUUGCAAGCAUUUGCUGCAUAUUUUACAAAACAGGUUGUAAGCAAUCCAGAAUGCUUACCUCAGAAACUAAUUACAGUUGGCAGGCAUUAUACUCCACCCAGAGUUCUUGAUAAUCCAGGCCUUUUACAUGCUGGACAGUCUACAGUUGUUGAUGCUUUUUUAUUGUACCAUUCUCAGGCAAUUGAUGAAGAACUGUUGUUGAAUGAAGUACUCAUGGCUCUUGUGCAGAGCUACUCAAGACUCAAUCUUCAUUUUAGGCUUACACAAUAUUCAGCUGAGAGACUCGAGCCACAAGAAAGUGCUGCCAUAGGUCUGGAAAUGUUUUCUCCAUGUACAGAAGAGUAUCAUGAAGUAAGUCGUGUUUCUCUGUAUGGGGACUUUAUAAGCAGAAGACUUUGGUCUCUCUAUAAGACUGGUGGUUCGUCGGCGAAUUUUCUAUCAAUGAUCCAUGUUAAAGUAUGUCAUAUGUCUCGAUUAUUGGCUCUUAUAAUGGAAAAUGGUCAGAAAGAAGAUGGAAGUUACAAUAUCCCAACAUGUAUAACUACUUGUGUAGGUGAAUUGUAAUUAUUUGUAGAAAUAGUUGUUUUGUACAUAGUUUCAUAAAUAAAUCUUAUGAAUAUGUAAC